AUGACCGAUUGUCCGCCUGGAAAGGCAUCUGGCGGUUCUCAAUUGCUCCGCGCGAUUCACACGGGCUUCGGCCGGCUGCUCGGCUACACACGAACGCGCUCACCGCGAAUGCGUGAGCAUUUGCCUUCCGAAUCGAUUCUUUCCAUUACUAAGUAUUUUUCUCAUUUUUUUUCGCCCUCCCAAACACAUGCACGUGCAUUCAUCGUGGAAUCAAUAGCCAAGAUUUUUCUACCUCUCAUCUUGGUCGUCUUCUCAAUUUUAUGCAGUUUGCUAUCUAGAAACCUCCCCUACCAAGUUUUUUUUUUUCGUUUGAGUACUGUUCCGAGUUUCAAGUUCAGAUUAGCAUCAAGUAGUCUUCUCGACCAUCUAGGGUGACAACAAAAGCAAGUUUCAUUUCUAGGACUUUUUCUAAGAUGAACAGUAUGAGAUUUUUUCGACCUAUUAAACUUCGAUUCGUUUCACUUCAUACUCAUUCUUCGUUCUUCAAGAAUUGUUUCGACCAAGAACGUAGUUUUUGAGAUUUCCUGUCCGAGAAAAAGCUUGCAGAUCCAAUUUAUUUCUCUUUAUUAGAGUUUACUCGCUUCGAGAUGUAAACUUGUAUAGAAAUAUCUUGGAAAAAUAAAUUUUGUAGUAAAACGUCGAUUGAAGCUAAGAACAAACUUUUUCUUAUUUUACUCUUGGAAGAAAAUGUUUUUGAAAACAGGAAAGCCUAUUCCCUGCUAGGGAAUCGUUUUACACAGAUGACUCCCCCGCCGGAUAAAUUUUCCUUCCUCUAAAAUGAUUUUGCACUUCUUUCUUUGCACUUCGUGGUGCUUUAAGCAGAGUGCAACGAAAGAACGCCUGUCUAGUACUCUUCUGAAAUCAUGAUGACUUUCCUGCUUUUUUAGAAGAGCCAGAUCGAUGAUUUUUAAGUUUGCCCUUUUAUAAUUUUCUACCAGGAUUUCCUUUUUCGCGUCAGAUACCCGGUCUAGCAUACUUACUUGACGAAACUGAGAACUUAGUUUUUCUUUCGUUCGAAAAAAAAGCGAUGGAAAGCUUUAUUUUUCUCGAAUGAGAUCUAUGCGUAAGAACGGGAAACAGCUGAUUGAUAACUUACUCAAACACCUGCGCAAGUUCUUUCUGAGUAGUGUUCUGAAGUCAUGCUUCCUGGUCGUUGUGCUCCUUGUUUUGGUCACCUCUUAUCAUUUUUUUUUUCGUUCAAACGUGAAAAUAAAAUAUUUUCAAUGCCGGAGUCGUACUGUAGAUUUCGCUUCAGGAAAAGAUACCGGGGGUCAGGCGACGCCCUUCGAUGUCAUGUCACGCUUCUUCGUCAUCUUCUGAUGGACAAGCGUCGCCUCCACUCAGCGUCGAUUCGUGUCACGGUGACCGAUUUUGGGAAAAAUCUUAGAAAUAAUCAUUUCAAAAGGCGGAGAAGACCUUGUAGACGAAACAUAAAUGAAGAAGUUGCUUUCUGCUUUAAUUCUUCAAGUUUGAAUGGUCCUUUAAAUUCUCGAUGUACAUCCAACAACCUCUUCUAAGUGAUAAGUCAAGCAAAUCAGAAAGCUUCUUCUGUAUCUUGAUAACUCCUAAUCCGAAAACUCUACAAAACUAUCGAAGAGAGAGAAUAGAAUCAAGCUCGAAGGGUGCAACGUUAAAUUUUCAAAUUUUGUGCUGAUACCUCACCUGAGUGAUUUGUCAAAGAUUUUUGCGAUGAAUUUUGCCGUAACUAGAACAAAGAUGUAUCAGAUUGGAAGUAAUAUUUUGGUCAACAUAUUUCUUGCGAUUCUCGAUUGAUACGGAAACUUUGAGCCAAAAACAGAAAACGGAUUAUUUCACCUCAUUUUUACGAAUUCUUUUUUUUGAUAUAAUAGCUUUUUUUUGCGAUUUUUGGUCUAAGUUUUAUUUCUCAGCUGAAUUUUCAUCGAGUUACUACAGCUGAAAAACACACAUUUCCAUUUUUUUUCUCUUGGAAAAAAAUAAUUCGGUUCAUUUUCUCCUUCUCACAAGCUCUGCCUUUGGUUCAGUUAAUCAGAAAAAUCUUUUGACAAACUAAAUUAUCUGAAGCUUGUUUUUAAUAAGCAGCUGGUUGGGCUGUCAAAUUCCCUAAAGGCAGAGAGUGAAAAGAGGAGGGCCGUAGGCUGGGCAGGUAGUUGUUGGUCCAGCAAAAGGUAAGUUGUCGACGCUCGUCAGCGGCGAGUUGCCGCAGCAACGACGCUCCGUUUCAUACAAUUCUUUUUGUGUUGCGGCGCGCGUAGUAUAUCUAGGCAAACUCGUUGUGUUCUUCACCGCUUCGUAUUUCCGAAUGAUUACCAUAGGAUUUUGCUUCAUUUCCUCACCUCAAUCGCUUCUCGUUUCAGCCAAAACGAAGUCAAAACGUUGUUGGUUCGGGUGCGUCUGGCUCACUCGCGUGUCACUCAUGGGUACCGCCGUUUCCACGAGGUAAACUGUAGAAGCCGUUAAACCGGUUUCCUUCCCAGAAUAGACUUGUUCAUCAUUGAUUAAUAUUAUUUUUUCAUCUAUGUAGUAUACUGUAGGAAACGGAGAAUAUGAAACUCGUUCAUAAGCAUGAGUCAAAUUUCUUUGAAAAUUUCUUCAUGACGCAUGAAAAAACUGCGAGAUUGCAACAAAGGAUAAAGCUUCGUUAUUGACCUCUAGGCUGACACGAAAAAAAAUUUGAAGUGAUUCUGCUUUCAAUUUUAGCAAAACAAACUUAUUCCCAAUCAAAAAUGAACUGCUUCCUUCAUAGAUUCAAGUCUUGGUUUUAAAUUAAAGUUUUUUUCUAGUCAGGUUAAUAACCGCUAAAUAAAAUGAAGGGCUCGAUAGUUUGGUUAGAGGAGUUGUAAAAAAGAUAUUACGGUUUUUUCUGCACACAGUUAACUCCUAAAUGUACGGAACAAACAUAAAAUAAAGUGAAAAUUCUGAUAUUCCUCUCAUGCUUUUUGAAAAAAAAAAUUGACUUCAUGUUGAGAAGAAAUAUUUUGAGAAUUUCGCUGCACCUCGAAAAAGGUUACUUUGACAUCCGAACUUUCUAAGAUGUUAUUUUGUGACUUGUUUCUUCGCCUACAAUAAAACGUUAGCUCACCAAUAAUAACUCUAUCACCAUUCCGCCAUUUGAUAGAAUUUCAAAGCAUGAUUCAUCCAAAUCUUCAUGAAGUUUGUUUUUCAGUCCCGAGCCGGAGGAAACCUUAACAGUCUUAGAUAGAAUGGCAGCCAUGCUCAAUGAGAAACCUCUCAAAAUGGCACACAUGCUGAAAGUUGCCAAGUAAGCGUUAUUUUUGAUAUACGCAGUGAUCUUCUAUCUAUUUCAGAUGGAUCAACGACGCGUCAUCAGAAGAGAAAGUUGUUAUGUUUGACAUCGGAAUCGUGCACACGUUGUGUGAAUUGAUUGCUGACACGGCAUUGACUGAUGGCCAAAAGUUGGUUUGAGAAGUGUCAAAAAAAAAUUCAGAGCUUUCAUCUGCGAGUGGAUCAACCGAACUUUUUUUCAUUUCGAAGUUCGCCAAAAAUUCAAAAUAGCUUGAAAUUAAGUUCGCGCAACGGAUCAAGCGAAGGAAAACGUCGCGUGCGACGUAAUUCGUCUUCUUCUUUGACUCAUCGCGGCGUCGGUUUUGGACAUGGUUCUACCAGAUCCCGAUGGGACAUAGAAAGAACGGUAGGUUUUUUAAAAUUAAAAUAAAAGUCAAGUAGGGAUCUCUUAGAAUCUAGACCUAUGGCUAAAAAGUGCACGAUCGUAUGGUCCUUUAACUCAAAAACCAUAAUAAAAUUUUCAAAUGCUGGCCAUCUGAAUAUCAGAACAACACCGGAGGUCAAGCUCAGACAAUUCAAGAAGAAAUUAUUCGUUCUCUGACUUUUUGGAAACUGGUGUUUUGUGUAGGUAGAAGAGCGGCUAGCUAGAGAAGAGCAUUUGACGUGGCUUCUAAACGCCAUGAACGCCUACAUCCUCUCCUGGCCGCUCUCUGAAUCCAACCUCUCACGACCUCCCAGUGAAUACGUGCACAUGAAUCAAUCGACUGUCAGACUCAUUGGAGAGUCUGCGAUUAUUGCCCUUCUGGAGUACAACCUUCGAAACGACAGCGUCUUCGAUGUUAGCGAGCACAUGGAAUUGUAUCAGGUUUGGUUUUUUAGAUCCUUUUAGAACUGUUUCAAAGAUAAUUUUUCUAAAUUUCAUUAUCUUCUUAUACGUGUUUUGGGAGAAAAAAAAAUCAAAACUAAUAAUGCUUCUGCCUUCAUUAAAAACGAUAUUCAAACUUUGUAACUUGAGAGUAUUUCCAAAAAAACUAUGAUUUUUCUGUCCUUUUUUUCAAAAAGUUGGAGUUCUCGUCAUUUUCGUUCUCGAUUUUCUGUGAGAGUGAGCAUUAGAGCAGAUUGCGGGCCGAAGAUUAAUGAUUCAGUUCUAUAAUUAUAGUCAUUAAUGGAGACAGCUGCGUGUAUGUCGACAAUCCCUGCUCUCGUGCCGUACCUGGUUAAGCCUUACCUGACGAAUGCCAAGUCGAUAGCCAAAGAGCUUGUGCCGAGGUUCAACGAAACCAUGUCUUCCUACAGCCAAAAAUGGAGGGGUCAACUUGGUUCUCCUGACUUCCGAAUGAUGGAUUUCAUCAACAAAAUCGAGAUUUUCUCCAAGGUAUCUAAAGAUUUCAAAAAAGUUCUCAAGUUGAAUCAGAUGAUUGUUUCUGCCGCUCAAAAUUACGAGAGCGACCUUCCAGCCGAGAUGCGAACCAGAUGUUCGUCUCUCACUAGACCAGUGACCGCUCAAUCUGAAGUAGUCCAUUAUCCGAUUAUUCAUCUACCAUAAGUUAUAAACUCCCUUCAAAAGCCGGUGGCGAAAAAAAAAAAGAAUGAUUACCCAUCAAAAAAUUUUUCUACACUCCUGAAAAUAUUCACGUUGUUUUUUUUUGAGAUUCAACCCUCUUUUCAUAGAUUAAAAAAAUGACCUCAGAAGAAGACUUUAAUGACACUGAAGAAAAAUUUCUGCUUUUUGUGAAAAAAAUAAUCUCAAAACUUUUAUUUUUCAUUACAAAUGGUUUGAAAAAAAGGACGAUUUAUACAAAUAUCAGAUCUGAUCUUCAGACUGCUAGUUUGCCAAAAGCUUCCGAAACGACUGAAAGCGACGCCACAGAUUUAUCUACGGUUUAUCGCAAAUCAUUGCUCGGUUUACAGAUGCAAACGUUCAGGCAAGCCUUCAAGAUAUCUAUUAUGAUAUAUCCUUCUAUUUUGUAGGUUCAUAGGCGAUUAUGGGAAGCUCGUUAUGCCAUAUGCUUUCAAAAAGGAAAUGAGAAACACAAAUCCUUUCUCACCAUCGCUCAGAGAGAGGUUUAAGAGUUAAAAAUGAAGUUUUUCAAGGGUCUCUUAGAAUGUCCAUGAGAAAGCCCGUACUAUAAAAAAAAAAUAGCACACAAAUGUUCAUGGGAAAGUUUUUAAUGACGGCAAGUCAGGAGACUAUUUAACAAGAUGAUAAAGGCGUCUCAGAAAUUAUGAAAAAUUUUUCAUUAUAAUGAAACUUUAUAUGUUUAUGAAUUUUCAUUCGGUGUUCUUCGAAUUUAUAUUCAAAAAAAUCCAAUUUCUGGUGUACUGUAACUGCUAAAAUAUUUGCAGAACAAAACGAAUCGCAAAAGAGUUAGCUUCUAUGACUAACGCGCUCCCGUUGAACGCUAGCAACAGUAUUUUUGUUUGCGUGGAUGAAGGCCGCUGUGACAUCAUCAAGGUGAUAUUAACUCUGUUCCUUGAUCGCAGUCCGCAAUUUCCAGGUGCUAAUUUCCGGCCCUGAUGACACACCGUACGCCAAUGGCCUCUUUGAGUUUGACAUCUUUUUUCCAACAGGGUGAGUGAAAAAUGUGAUGAAAUGGAUGUUAAGCUACAAUCCUCACACUUCCAUUUCCAGGUACCCUUUCGCCCCUCCGAAAUGUUCUUUCCUAACAACCGGCGCAGGGAAUGUACGCUUCAACCCAAAUUUGUACAACGACGGCAAGAUCUGUCUUUCAAUAUUGGGUACUUGGGAGGGACGUCCUGAAGAAAAAUGGAAUCCCUACUGCUCCCUGAUCCAAGUUCUUGUCAGCAUCCAGGUUCAACCAAAAAAAAAAAUCAUCACUUGAGAAAUAUUACAGGGGCUUAUAUUUGUCAAAGAUCCGUACUUCAAUGAGCCGGGAUUCGAGAAAUAUCAAGGAACGGAGAAAGGCGACGAUUAUUCUCGAAAAUACAAUCUUCAAAUUGAACACGCCACCUUGAACUAUGCAAUUAGGGAGCAAUUCAAAAAUCCGCCGGCACAUUUCAAGGUUUUUUGAAAAAAAAAAUUGUACAUGUCGUAUUUGACUUUAGUAUUUUGCUCAAUUCAUAUUGAAGUCCAAAAAAAUAACAAGACUUUUUAGCAAGUGGUUGAAAGACAUUUUUGGCUGAAGCGUCACGCGAUAAUUGAGCAAGCCAAAAAGUGGAUGGUCGAAAUGAGGAAAGACGUGGCGGAAACUGAGAAAAAUCCUCGGAGGAAAGAAUCAAUUUCUUUCGAGAACGUUUACAACCCGUUCAACCAGGUUUGAUUCUGCAGGGCCCUAGAGAUAUCACUUCACUGUAAAAGUGUUUUACCGAUGACGUGUUACAGGAGCGAGUUGUGCAGCAGCUGAUUAAUGAAUUCUCAAGCAUGACGUGUCCCAUGGAAAACGGACAAGAAAAUAGCGAAUGA